GUGUCACUCCUCCCCUCAAUACCAUGAGCAUUCAACUACCGGAAGGCAGAAUCGACUUCGUCGGUCAACAGCGCGUUGAGCUGAUUUCUCGCGUCUGGCUCAUCGCUACCACGGCUAUCUCUUUCAUUGCGGGUUUCCUCGUCCAGUCACUGCAGGUCACAUUCGGCAUCUUUGGCGCAUCGACACUACUGCUUGCUCUCGUCGUACUUCCGCCGUGGCCCAUCUUUAAUCAACAUCCUACGAAGUGGUUACCCGCCAAAGCGAACAAGAAGGACUAGUUAUGAGCCAUGAGCCAUAUACCAUUUGCUGGUCUGGAAAAAGAUCCUUAGGGUCUUCUGCAGCUUCAGCAGCCGGGGCGACCGGUUGAACAACUUUUGAAGAGUCAAGGCGGAACUGCAUUACAUCUUCCGGCAGGGGAAUCAUUGUCUAGACAACUUUUCUGUCUGUAACUACGAAACGCGCAACCUGUUUGAGGCUUCAAGCUUCAAGCUCUAUUGAAGGUUUCUAUUCAAGGUUUCGAAACUGGGAUCGUUUGAGCGUUUCAAGCGCUAUACCAGAUUUCGUGUCGUCAAUGACUCGGAGCCAGAUGAUGUCGAGUGCAGUUGUCG